AAAAAUCAGGGUCCAAACGUAGAAUUGGGAAAUACAACCCACUGGAACAACCUUACUGAAACCAUGGCAACUGAUACAGAUCUGGUGCAUGCGACCAUUAUACUUCCGAAUUUGAUCUUCAUUCUCUUAUUGAUUGUGGUCAGCAAUGCCUUGCUGCUUCGGAAGCUCAUCUCUAAGGGAAACUUUUCCCAGCAUCCAACGUCCGUGACCUUCACCUCUCUGGCCAUCGGAGAUAUACUCGUGUUUCUUUUCCCGUUUCUAAUGUCUUCAUUGUAUCGCGACUCCGAGUACUACAAUAUCGAUACGUAUUCCAGAUACUACAACUACUAUUACCUGAUAAUGCUUUACGGUAUCGGUUUAAUACAAGUUGGAAUCGUUGAGAUGUUUAGAGGCAAGCUCUCGACUCUGCAAAAAUAUUUGAGAGUUGUCUUAUCUUGCACGUUGAUUGCUCUCCCUUGGUUUGUAGCGACACUUGCAGUUACCUCCCUGUUUCCAUCGUAUUUAGACUUGAAGGAGAAACUGAACCCUUCUUGGAAACAAAGUCAAGAAUCUUUAUCUCAAAUCAGUACUAUCAUCGUAUUUGUGCUAGGCACUUUGGUUCUUAUGACUACUUUAUUUCUAUGGCUACAUAUUAAAAGAAGAAAAGUGGAUGCUGGUACUUCAGACCAAUGGUGUGAUGAAGGUCAGUCACGUGAUAAGUAUGUUAGUAUCAGUGACAUCUACCAGAAAAAAUUUGCAAGUCUGAAUCCAAUGGUUAAAGAAAAAAAGAGCCCAACUCUAGUGGUGCUUAUUUUUGCUAUAGCAACAGGGGCAUUCACUCUUCUUUCGUUCUUUGUCACAGUACAGAGUUACCAAAACAUGGACAUGCGCAACGCCCAGAACUUUAUGUUCACUGUGUUUUCUUUAUCUCCCACAAUUCAUUCAUUCGGCGCAUGCGCCGCGCUUCUAUUUAUCCUUCGUCUGCUAACAGAGCAAGAAAAUAAACUAAGUCUUACAGAGACCAAGUCUGAUACUAAAAGUUCUACAAGUAUCUUAAACACUAGCACCUCAUACUCUGAUAAGAGCUUAUCCUUUACUGAGGAGACGGUCAAAGAACGAACUCCGGACUCGUCAGAAAAGUGGAGGAAUCAUUUGUCAUUCGAAACAUUUCUCAGUCCUACCGAAACGAAAGAAAAGGAUCAAAGUUUUUAUUUCACAGACUCGAAGUCAAUGAUGUCAUUAAACCGAAGUCUUCAGUUUUCAGAGUUUAGAAAACUUACCCCGAAGACAUUAUCUGACAAACAAUUGCGUAGAUUAAUGAUAAUAAAUAUCAUUUACAUUGUACUGGUAAUUCCGUAUCAUAUAUUUUUGUUGGCUGAAAAUCUGGAUCAUAAAUCUUUAUUGUACAUAAUUGUAUCCGAUUGUUUGAUGUUAAUGGUUCUAUCAAGAUCUUUUGUCACGCCAUUGAUAUUACUCUAUUAAUACUUGGGUUUUUGGUAUGGGAUGCUUUAAGAGCCUGACAAAAAUAAAAGUGCUAUUAGAGCAUGAAUGGGUUGCCUGAAUCAGCCAGGAAAACCAAAGACUUGGCGUAGGACGUAAUCAUCUUCUUUUUGGUGUGACGUCUGUAUUUUAUAAGAUAAGAAGAUAGGAAAUAAAAUAACAAACUAAUCUAAAGAAGUUUCGGACAGCUAGGCCUUAAUGUUCUUCUAGAAUGUAGUGAAGCAUGUCAUGUGUCUGACAUCAAUGUGGAGCCAGUUUAAAACAUUUGGUCCAUGAAAAGACACUCAUUUAGGUCUGUCUCUAAGUUAGGUUAAACGUGAAACAAAAAGUCCAUGUAGGUCUCUAAGUUAGGUCAAACAUGAAACAAGAAGUCCAUGUAGGUCUCUAAGUUGGGUCAAACAUGAAACAAGAAGUCCAUGUAGGUCUCUAAGUUAGGUCAAACAUGAAACAAGACGUCCAUGUAGGUCUCUAAGUUAGGUCAAACACGAAACAAGACGUCCAUGUAGGUCUCUAAGUUAGGUCAAACAUGAAACAAGACAUCCAUGUAGGUCUCUAAGUUAGGUUAAACAUGAAACAAGAACAAGUCCAAUAAGCGCAGGAAUCUCUUUUGUGGACAAGAUGUAAACAUGUUUUUGAAUUAUCCGUUUCCCGUUAGUUCUUUGUGUAUAUUUUAUUAUUUUAUAUUUUUAUUUUUGGUCUUCCACUUGUAAAGCUGUAAAUAGCUGGCGUCUGUAUAAAGUCACUAACUCACGACACGACUGAGAUGUAUUGUAAUAUAUCUCCUUGUCUAGAGGGAAUGUAUAGCUUUUUAACGUGCCAUUGUAAUAUAUGUGGGGAAUUAUCUUCUUAUUUGUACAAUAGCUUUAAACAGGAAUAUUUUUCUGUUACAAAGUGCCCCAAUGGUUGCUGUAGUUCAGAAUAAUAGAUUUAUUUAAACUACAGCCAUAUGAAAAAAGCUCUUCUAUGGGUCUGUGUUAUCUUUUAAUGUGAAGAAUAUGUGAGUUCAAUUAUGAUUCAACUUGUUAUCAAUGCUGUUAGAUUUGUGAAACUUAAAAUGUCUUGUCGUUUUGCGGUAAUGGUAUAUUGAAUUUUUGUUUUAUUGAAUCAAUAAAUUCAGUUUCACACUUCUAAUAUCUUGUCAGGUGCAAUAAAUAAUUGUGCAAAGUUUCAUCUUGAUCCGAGAAUGGGAAAUGAGAGAAAAAAAAACAUGUUCAGACAGACAGACAGACAGAGUGAGAUAAACUUGAUGAUGAUAAAUGAUGUUAAGAGAGAAGGAGAGAUAGAGAGAGACAAAGUGAGUGACAAAGAAAGAGAGAUGGAGAGAGAGUGACAAAGAGGAAGAGAGAGGAGAGAGAGAAGGAGAGAUAGAGAAAGAAAGUGAGUGACAAAGAAAGAGAGAUGGAGAGAGAGUGACAAAGAGGAAGAGAGAGGAGAGAGAGAAGGAGAGAUAGAGAGAGAAAGUGAGUGACAAAGAGAGAGAGAUGGAGACAGAGUGACAAAGAGGAAGAGAGAGGAGAGAGAGAAGGAGAGAUAGAGAGAGAAAGUGAGUGACAAAGAAAGAGAGAUGGAGAAAGAGAGUGACAAAGAGGAAGAGAGAGGAGAGAGAGAAGGAGAGAUAGAGAGAGAAAGUGAGUGACAAAGAAAGAGAGAUUGAGAGAGAGAGAGUGACAAAGAGGAAGAGAGAGGAGAGAGAGAAGGAGAGAAAGUGAGUGAAAAAGAAAGAGACGGAGACAGAGAGCGACAAAGAGGAAGAGAGAAAGAGAGAGAGAGAGAAAGUGAGUGACACAGAUAGAGAUGAGCUACAAUAACCAUGUCAAUGUAUUCAAGUUUCAAAAUACUUGUCAUUUUGUUAUCACAUUUUAUUGACCUCAAUUGUGGAGGACUCGUGAUCUUUACCUGUAUAUUCACUUUUUUUUUUUUCUUCGUUUAGGGUUUAGGACUUGGUCAAGAUUUUGUCACUUUUGAAAUUCUCCCUUUCUUCAAGACCCUCCAGGUCUUUCCAAACACUUCUGUCGCAUGCACAUAUUUGUGACAAAGUUUUAAAAAAUACUCGAUUGUUUAUGUGCUAUGUUACUAUAUAAUCCACAUUUCUAAUUAGUAUACUGAAUAUUUUUUAUUUGCUUUAGUUUAUUUUUAAAAAAAUAUUUGUGGGGCUUUCGUAUCUAGUAAAUUUUAUGGAAUGAUAUGGAAUGUAAAGCCGUGUUCUGUAAUAAUCCAAAAACCCAAACAUGUGGUAUUUGCUCGGUGUGUUUGUCGACUGCCAAUUCUCGUCAGCACCAACUCUUCAAUACCAAGCUUGUCUGCCAGCAGUCUCGCCAUCCUGAAGGUGCCAUCCCUAAAGUAUCCCUCAGCAUGGUCAAGGUUUUCUUUUGGAUUAUAUCAUUAUUGUGAAUGCAGAUGUGCUGUUGAGCGGCCACCUAAGCCAAGAUGGACAGACUGCAACAUCACAGAAACUGGCUCAAGAAGGGAUGAAUAUUUGACGUCAAUUAAAAGACAAAUCAGAAACUCAUGAGAAGCAUGCACUGAGUACACAUAAGCAAUUUAUCUGGUUUCACUUACAGUACAACCACUAUUUUAAAAUACACCAAACAGCCAAAGAUCUUUUCGAAGUUGUGACUUAAAGCGCAAAUGAAUUCGUAUUUCUCAGUCUCACCGUGUCUCACAUAACUUUAACAGCAAUGCUCUCCCUUGUUUUUUUGAAACGUCAUUCAGGUCAUCGAUAACAAGGUCAAGUCUGUGAGACGCGCGAUGGACAAAGGCUGCCUUUGGAUAUUUUGACGAAUCCUUGAUACAAGGGCUCAAGAAAGAACUGUUAAAUGGCUACGGGUACAACGCUGAAACAUUUCGAAAGAAAUGUCAGGUAGGUGGAUCCACAAACGACCAUCAACUUGGAAAAGAAUUUCUUCAGUAAAUGGCUAGGAUAACAUAGUGAACACCUAUAAAAGUCUAUAGAACUUUAUUCUAAAGAUGUCCUACAAGGGCUAUCAGAAUGGCUAUCAGAAGGGCUAUCAGAAGGGCUAUCAAAAGAUCUCAGAAGGGCUAUCAGAAGAUCAAUCAGAAUAGCUAUCAGAAGGGCAAUCAGAUGAGCUAUCAGAAGGGCUAUCAGAAGAGCUAUCAGAAGAUCUAUCAGAAGGGCUAUCAAAAGAUCUCAGAAGGGCUAUCAGAAGAUCAAUCAGAAUAGCUAUCAGAAGGGCAAUCAGAUGAGCUAUCAGAAGGGCUAUCAGAAGAGCUAUCAGAAGAUCUAUCAGAAGGGCUAUCAAAAGAUCUCAGAAGGGCUAUCAGAAGAUCAAUCAGAAUAGCUAUCAGAAGGGCAAUCAGAUGAGCUAUCAGAAGGGCUAUCAGAAGAGCUAUCAGAAGAUCUAUCAGAAGGGCUAUCAAAAGAUCUCAGAAGGGCUAUCAGAAGAUCAAUCAGAAUAGCUAUCAGAAGGGCAAUCAGAUGAGCUAUCAGAAGGGCUAUCAGAAGAGCUAUCAGAAGAUCUAUCAGAAGGGCUAUCAAAAGAUCUCAGAAGGGCUAUCAGAAGAUCAAUCAGAAUAGCUAUCAGAAGGGCAAUCAGAUGAGCUAUCAGAAGGGCUAUCAGAAGAGCUAUCAGAAGAUCUAUCAGAAGGGCUAUCAAAAGAUCUCAGAAGGGCUAUCAGAAGAUCAAUCAGAAUAGCUAUCAGAAGGGCAAUCAGAUGAGCUAUCAGAAGGGCUAUCAGAAGAGCUAUCAGAAGAUCUAUCAGAAGGGCUAUCAAAAGAUCUCAGAAGGGCUAUCAGAAGAUCAAUCAGAAUAGCUAUCAGAAGGGCAAUCAGAUGAGCUAUCAGAAGGGCUAUCAGAAGAGCUAUCAGAAGAUCUAUCAGAAGGGCUAUCAAAAGAUCUCAGAAGGGCUAUCAGAAGAUCAAUCAGAAUAGCUAUCAGAAGGGCAAUCAGAUGAGCUAUCAGAAGGGCUAUCAGAAGAGCUAUCAGAAGAUCUAUCAGAAGGGCUAUCAAAAGAUCUCAGAAGGGCUAUCAGAAGAUCAAUCAGAAUAGCUAUCAGAAGGGCAAUCAGAUGAGCUAUCAGAAGGGCUAUCAGAAGAGCUAUCAGAAGAUCUAUCAGAAGGGCUAUCAAAAGAUCUCAGAAGGGCUAUCAGAAGAUCAAUCAGAAUAGCUAUCAGAAGGGCAAUCAGAUGAGCUAUCAGAAGGGCUAUCAGAAGAGCUAUCAGAAGAUCUAUCAGAAGGGCUAUCAAAAGAUCUCAGAAGGGCUAUCAGAAGAUCAAUCAGAAUAGCUAUCAGAAGGGCAAUCAGAUGAGCUAUCAGAAGGGCUAUCAGAAGAGCUAUCAGAAGAUCUAUCAGAAGGGCUAUCAAAAGAUCUCAGAAGGGCUAUCAGAAGAUCAAUCAGAAUAGCUAUCAGAAGGGCAAUCAGAUGAGCUAUCAGAAGGGCUAUCAGAAGAGCUAUCAGAAGAUCUAUCAGAAGGGCUAUCAAAAGAUCUCAGAAGGGCUAUCAGAAGAUCAAUCAGAAUAGCUAUCAGAAGGGCAAUCAGAUGAGCUAUCAGAAGGGCUAUCAGAAGAGCUAUCAGAAGAUCUAUCAGAAGGGCUAUCAAAAGAUCUCAGAAGGGCUAUCAGAAGAUCAAUCAGAAUAGCUAUCAGAAGGGCAAUCAGAUGAGCUAUCAGAAGGGCUAUCAGAAGAGCUAUCAGAAGAUCUAUCAGAAGGGCUAUCAGAAGAUCUAUCAGAAGAGCUAUCAGCUAUCUAUAGUGCUUUUUUGUGACGGUACGUACCGGUACGGCGUACCGGCACCUUUUUCAAUGUGGGGAAAAAUUAUUACUUUUCUUGUAUUUUAACGUUUAUUGUUAAUUUUAUUUUAAUUAAUUAAUUUUAUUAAAAGUUAGCCAAUCCAUCACUGAGUACCGGCACCUAAUUUUUUUUAUUAAAAAUAGCACUGUAUAUAUAUAUACCAUAAUCUACUUUUAUAACUAUAUUUCUAUGCAGCUUUUUAUUUUGCUUUUGGAUAUUAAAAAUAUUCUUGAGGCUUUCGUA